UGCACCUCCCAUCCAGAAUCUCCCAGCACUGUAGACUUCCACCGGCGCCUUCAGAUAACGUCCAUUGCGCUCGCUGCUCAAGUCUACUCUAUCCUCUCACAUUUGUUUCUAUUCACAGUAUGCGGCCGCAGUUAUCUCGUGCGGCCGCCCGGCUCGUCCGGGUUCCCAAGGUCAACUACCCCAGGACAUUCGCGACGACAAUCCCUCGCUCCGCUGAGGUUGAACUCACAAUUGAUGGGAAGAAAGUUUCAGUCGAAGCUGGCUCCGCUCUCAUUCAGGCUUGCGAGAAGGCAGGCGCCACGGUUCCCAGAUACUGCUAUCAUGAGAAGCUCUUGAUUGCAGGAAACUGCCGUAUGUGUCUAGUCGAGGUCGAACGGGCGCCUAAACCUGUGGCAUCAUGUGCUUGGCCUGUGCAGCCGGGCAUGAAUGUUAAGACGAAUUCACCACUUGUACACAAAGCUAGGGAGGGUGUUAUGGAAUUUCUUUUGGCCAACCACCCUCUUGAUUGCCCGGUUUGUGAUCAGGGAGGCGAGUGUGAUCUGCAAGACCAAUCAAUGAGAUACGGCGCCGACCGUGGGCGUUUCCAUGAAGUUGGUGGCAAGCGCGCGGUUGAGGACAAGAACAUUGGGCCCCUUGUCAAGACGUCUAUGAACAGAUGCAUUCACUGCACUCGGUGUGUUCGGUUUAUGAACGAUGUUGCCGGUGCCCCCGAACUGGGAACCACUGGCAGAGGAAACGACAUGCAAAUCGGUACUUAUUUGGAGAAGAACCUUGAUUCGGAACUUUCAGGCAACGUCAUUGAUCUUUGUCCUGUUGGUGCUCUCACCUCGAAGCCCUAUGCUUUCCGUGCUCGUCCUUGGGAGUUGAAACAUACUGAAUCCAUUGACGUGCAUGAUGCUUUGGGCUCGAACAUCCGGAUCGAUAGCCGAGGCAUGGAAGUCAUGCGUGUUAUCCCCAGACUCAACGACGACAUUAACGAGGAAUGGAUCAACGACAAAUCUCGGUUCGCGUGUGACGGUCUGAAGACUCAGCGACUUACAACACCCUUGAUUCGUCGUGAGGGCAAGUUCGUUCCGGCUACUUGGGAGCAGGCCCUGAGCGAGAUCUCCUCCGCCCAGCAAAACUUGCAGCUGAAAGAGAACGAGUUCAAGGCUAUUGCAGGACAUCUUGUGGAUGCCGAGUCGCUUGUUGCCAUGAAAGACUUGGCUAACAAGCUUGGAUCCGAUAACCUCGCUCUGGACCAGCCGGGAGGCAGCUCGCCUGUUGCCCACGGUGUUGACGUUCGUUCGAACUACCUCUUCAACUCCAAGGUCUACGGAAUCGAAGAGGCUGAUGCUAUCCUUCUCGUUGCUACCAACCCUCGUCAUGAGGCCUCUGUCCUCAACGCACGUAUCCGUAAGCAAUACCUGCGCUCUGACUUGGAGAUUGGUCUUGUCGGAGAAUCAUUCGAUAGUACUUUCGAAUUCGAGCAUCUUGGAUCCGAUGUCAACGCUCUUAAGGCUGCCCUUUCGGGACAGUUUGGAGAGAAGCUCGCUUCUGCUAAACGUCCAAUGAUCAUCGUUGGCAGUGCUGCGGCUGAACAUCAAGACGCGAAGGCGAUUUUCGAAACAGUCGGCAGCUUUGUUGAGAAGCAUGGCAACAACUUCAACACCCCUGAAUGGCAAGGCUACAACGUCCUCCAGCGUGCGGCAUCUCGUGCUGCAGCCUACGAGGUUGGCUUUACCACACCGUCUCCCGAAAUCUCCCAGACCAAGCCUAAGAUGGUUUGGCUGCUGGGUGCUGAUGAGGUCACUACGAGUGAAAUUCCAAGCGAUGCGUUCGUUGUCUACCAAGGACACCAUGGUGACCGAGGUGCCCAACUUGCUGAUGUUGUCUUGCCUGGCGCAGCCUACACUGAGAAGUCUGGCACCUACAUCAACACUGAGGGCCGUGUUCAAGUUACCCGGGCAGCGACUUCGUUGCCUGGUGCGGCUCGUGACGACUGGAAGAUUAUUCGCGCUACCAGCGAGUUCCUCAACGUUCCACUGCCUUACGAUGAUAUCGAAGCUCUCCGCGAUCGCAUGGAAGAGAUCAGUCCUGUGAUGCGUCGAUAUGACGUCGUUGAGUCCACCUCCGUGGGCUCCCUUAGCAAGGUUCAGUUGGUUGAUCAGAACAAGGGCACACAGCCAACUGGAGCGCCUUUCAAGCGUGUUAUUGAAGACUUCUACUUCACUGACUCCAUCUCUCGAAGCUCACCUACGAUGGCCCGCUGCUCAGCAGCCAAGGCUACGGGUAAUCCCGAAACUAACUUCAUGGCUGCUGGAGAGAUGUCGCCCCAGGCUUUGUAUGGCUAAGAUUACCACUUGUAGUUCUGAUCUCCCGGUUUAUCCUUAUUAUAGGUCUAGGCGUUGUCGUUGUAACACCUAAACAUCAUUUUUUUUCCUUUGUUCAUUCCUCCCAGUAAUGCGUACUGCUAUUGAUUUCUCCCUCACAGUGAAGUUUCCUGAGAUAGGAGAGGAUGCGUCACUAGUGGUGAUAUUGUAUAUAAGUUCAAAAUAAGCUUGAGAGGCUUGACGAGGUCCAUUUCAUGGAAACAUUGGUUAGAUCAAGUCACAGAAACUACAGAAUGUGGAUUGUUAAUGGAAUGGAUACAUAUUGAUUGAUGCA